CAAACCCGAGUACUGAGCGCGCGCCACCGUGGACGGAUCCGCGCGGAGCUGUGUGCAGAUGUGUCGCAGAUUUUGUAAAGUCACUGAACGGAUGUAGAGAUCCAGCACAAGGAAGUCUCUCCGCGGUGAAUGGGCCCGUAACUGAGGAAAACAAAGAAGCAGAGCGACGGAGAGGAAGAGGGGGAGACCCGAGGGAGCACUGUCCUAACCGCUUAACGUCGGCGUAGUUUAGCCCGGAGAAAGCUCACUUUGACAGUUAAAAAUAACCGGACGCACUGUGUGCACGCAGAUGGAGCUGUCAGCGAUAGGAGAGCAGGUGUUCGCCGUGGAAUCAAUCGUCAAGAAGAGAGUUAGAAAGGGAAAUGUGGAGUAUCUGCUGAAGUGGAAAGGAUGGCCCCCAAAGUACAGCACAUGGGAACCUGAAGAACACAUUCUGGACCAGCGACUGGUGCAGGCCUAUGAGGAGAAAGAGCAGAGAGACAGAGUUCUUGGUCACAGAAGGAAAGGAUCCAAAGCCAAAAAACUGCUUCUGCAGAAUACUGUCUACACCAUGGAUCUCCGCAGUGCUCACAAGACUCCAGAGAAGCCUAUGCCUCGUCUGCGUCUUUCCCUGACCCGGUCACUUGAACCUGAUGAUGAGGAUCAGCCAUACUUGUCAUGCAUGCAGACCCCUCAACCCCAAAUUGCACAUCGCAAAAGCAAAUGCAGAAGGUCACAAUUCAAAUACUUUAACUCAAAUCCACCCAGUCCCACACAAGAGAACUGGGAAGGCAGAGAAAAUGAAGAGGAGGAUGAGGAGGAAGAGGAGAACAUAGAAGAUGAGGAGGAGGGAGAAGAGACCACAGAGAAGAGCAGAGGCUUUCUAAAUAGACAGAAGAGGUCAGACACAUGGAGCUCUGGUAUCAGACAAGAUGAAGUCACUGCAGCAUCAGAGAAGCCAUACGAUGAUGACAAUGUCUGGAGACCUGUCGUCAGGCCAGGAGAGGUGACUGUCACAGAUGUCACCAUAAACUCCCUUACAGUGACUUUCAGAGAAUCCAGAGUGGCCAAAGGCUUCUUUAGAGACUGGGGCCUGGAGGUCUGAGCCCACAGUGGGGGGUGGGGGGGUUGGGAGACUAUGAAUUGUUGUUGUUUUCAUUCUCUCUCUAAAAGGGAAUGAAAGGGCCCUGUUCUUCCCCAUCCAGCCCUGACAGUGGUACUUUUACAUGCACAGUCACCCAAAUACAAACUUAACCUCAACCUGUUUACACAAAUCACUUCAAAGGCAGACUUCAUUGGGCUGAAGUCUCACUUCAUCCCAGACUUCUUGAAUUCUAAUAUGAUCAAAGGUUAUUGUGGAUUUUAGCCCAGUAACUGAUGCUUUAAGAUUCAAAAAUAGCUGAAAUUAUCAACAGAGGUGGAAUUUCACCUGAACUAAACAUAUUUGCCCUGUCACCUUUUUUUUUUUUUUUUUUAAUUGCUGCCUUUAGACAGAGAGAUGCUGUCUAACUCUGCAGAAGAUGUUUCUGCAGCAUCAAUAUGACAAGACUGUAAUGAGUUUCACCUCUUAAUGUUUUUUCACCUUGCUCUCAAAGAGAGCAUAUUUCGUACAUUUUGGUGUUGGUGACAUGCAUCACAAGACAAGAAAUAUUGUCCAUUGGGCCAUUUCACACAAAACUAGAUGACCUGACUACCUGUACUUAAAGUUAAACUUAAGUUAACUUAAACUUUUUUGACUAUAUAUUUUAAAUAGACAUAAAUCAGGGGUCUCCAGUACAUUGGAUUGCAAUUGACUGGUAGAUUGAAAAGGUAGGACGGGUAGAUCACCAUU